AUGAUUCUUUCACGGCCUUCUAAACGCCGCAUGAACUGGUUCAACCUCUGCUAUAUCGUUAUAAUGUUUUCACUUAGUACUGCUGGAACGGCACUGAACUGGCGAUGGUGCGAGAUCCUCUUCGUUGAAGAGGCUAACUAUCCUGGAGGCCCCUACGCAUUCAGCAAUGAGAAUUUGGGGAAGGAAAGAAUAGCUCUGGCAGGGAAUGUAGUCUAUAUCAUUGCCAUGUGGUUUUCCGACGCACUUUUGCUAUACAGGUUUUCCAUCAUAUGGAACCAUAACAAGCUGAUGAUGAUCGUCCCCGCCUUGACGUUUCUGGCAACAGUCAUCGUCGGGUGUCUUUUGAUAGUCAACAUAGUUCAGCCCGCCAACAACCCAUACUUCGGCGAUUCAGCCCACCUCACGAUGGUUACAUUCACCCUGUCAGCAUUCUUCAACGCGUGCACGACCCUUGCGAUCUCCGGAAGACUCUUGUACUACCGCAGUACGCUCAAAGGAAUGAAGGCUGCAGCCUCUCUCAAUAAUUACGUAUCUAUCAGUGCCAUGCUAAUCGAAAGCGCGGCACUGUUUACUGUUACGGAUGUCUUUCUGGUUGUAGCCCUUGGUCUAAAUAACGUUCUGGACGGCGUGUUGAUGCCUCUUUUGGGCCAGAUCGUGAUUAUAUCGCCUCUGAUGAUUGUGUACCGCGUGCAGUUAGGGACAGCGUUCUCGUCGGAGACGUAUUACAAUUCCAUCCAUCUGACAGAGCGCGGAGCACCAAAGGGUUUGGAGUUUUACCCCCAUAUGCCAGCGGAUACAAUACGCUCGUCUGUUACAGAGGUUGACGGACGCCGUGUCUAUUUAGAAACGCUGUGA